CCCGGACUCCCGAGCUGACGUAGACUUGUCCGACGCUCUUUCCGUAGCCCGAACACGCGCGCGGAUGGCAAGACUGCUGAAAUAUAACGCUGCAACUUUUGGGUUUCUUUCUUUCAACUUCAUUCUGAGAUGCAUCUGCACUUAUCCUUGCGCAACUGACGCUGGCAUCCAUCCUCUCGUAACUCGCCCGCAAUCAACGCUCGACGUUCUGCUGACAAGUCUCCUGUAUUGCGCCAACAUGAUCGCCGUUCCUACCGCUAGCCUCAAAGGCAAGGUUGCCCUGAUUACCGGCGCUGGCCGGGGCAUUGGGAGGGGCGUCGCCCUCGAGCUCGCUCGCCGAGGUGCAUCUGUGGUGGUCAACUACGUCUCCUCUGCUGGAGCAGCCCAAGAAGUUGUCAAGGAGAUCUUGUCAUACAACAACGGUGCCCGUGCCGUUGCCAUCCAGGCCGAUGUGUCCAAGGUGUCCGAGAUUGAGCGGCUCUUCGCCGAGGCCAAGCGCGCCUUUGGGCGCCUAGACAUUGUCAUGUCCAACAGCGGCACCGAGUCGUGGGACAAGAUCGAAGAUGUGACUGAGGAAAAGUACGACUAUGUCUUCAACCUCAACGCGCGCGCGCAAUUCUUUGUCGGCCAGGCCGCCUUCAAGAACCUCGAGCAGAACGGCCGGCUCAUCCUCAUGACGAGCAUCGCUGCCGGGCUGAUGGGCGUCAAGAAUCACGUGCUGUACAAUAGCAGCAAGAUGGCCGUCAUCGGCAUGGUUAAGGCGUUCGCGACCGACUUCGGCGUCAAGGGGAUCACGGUCAACGGGGUUGCGCCGGGCGGUAUCAAGAGCGACAUGUUUACGCAGAACGCGUGGCAUUACAUUCCCGGUGGCACGCCGGAUCUCCCGGCGGCCAAGAUUGAGCAGAUGAUGGCAGAGAACUGCCCGCUAGGCCGUUGUGCGGAGCCCGAGGAUGUCGCCCGGGUGGUAGCCUUCCUCUCGAGCGAGGAUGCCGGCUGGGUAAAUGGCCAGAUCAUCACCAUUUCGGGCGGCUCUUCUCAAUAAGCAUACUAUCGCUAAGACAUUGAGUCUAGUGUACUUACGAGUUUGGCUCUCAGGAGUGGGCUAGAAAACGUCGACGAGCAGGUAGACAAGAAGGAGAACUCACGCAGAAAUAAUAUUGUCUCUCGAGAGGCGGUUGACUUCGAGAGACGGAUUACUAUUUGAUGCCCCUCGAGGCAAAACGAACAAUAAUCAUUACAAUAGCUACGCUGGGUGCUUAGUGCACCCUUCCUCGAUGAUGCUUAUUGACGUCGUAGCUCCCCACGGCCAGUUUGGGCAAGUAUCUUAGAUAUGUAAUGAUAUAAUUAUCCCUUAAUUAAUUCUGCCGUAUUGAUCGUAGCAUUGAUUUUUUA